AUGAGAUUUAUAUUGGUGCUCAUUUCAGAUUCGUUUGCGUACGCUCACAUUGCUUCCAUCUAUCUUACCUUUCUCAAAAUGAUGUCUUUGAUCCGCACAACCAAGCUGCGCACUCUGGUGACUGCGGUGCGCAAUGUGCACAUUGAGCGCAAGCUAGAAGAGCUAGGCUACACACUCCCUGCCGUGGCUGAGCCAAAGGGUAAUUACCGCACGUCGGUGCGUUCGGGUAACACCAUCUACUUGGCUGGACACUUGCCGCAGCCUGCAGGUGGCGACCUUAUUCUGGGCAAGAUCGGCAAGGACUUGACACCAGAGCAAGGCUACGACGCUGCGCAUUACGUGGCGCUUAGUCUACUGGCCACUCUCAAGCAGGAGGUGGGUGACCUGGACAAGAUCAAGCGCGUGGUAAAGCUCGUGGGCUUUGUCAACUGCGUGGAUGGAUUUUCACAGCAACCAUCCGUUAUUAACGGCGCAUCGGACACCAUCGGCAAGGUAUUCGGUGACAAGGGCAUUCACGCCCGCUCUGCUGUGGGCACCAACGCUCUUCCGUUGAACGUGUGCGUUGAGAUUGAAGCCAUUGUUGAGGUUGAGGAGUAA